AUGGACACGUUUUGGUGGCGCGCAGCGUGGGGACUCUGCCUCGUGCAGCUGAGCCUGGCGCAGAUCGAUCUGAAUAUAACCUGCCGAUAUGCAGGCGUAUUCCACGUGGAGAAGAAUGGUCGCUACAGCAUUUCCAAGACUGAGGCUGCCGACCUCUGCAAGGCCUUCAAUAGCACGCUUCCCACCAUGGCCCAGAUGGAGGUGGCCCGGAGCAUAGGGUUUGAGACCUGCAGGUACGGGUUCAUAGACGGGCAUGUGGUGAUUCCACGGAUCCACCCCAAUUCCAUCUGUGCUGCGAACAACACGGGGGUGUAUAUCCUCACGUCCAACACCUCCCAGUAUGACACGUACUGCUUCAAUGCCUCAGCUCCACCUGGAGAAGACUGUACAUCAGUCACGGACCUGCCCAAUGCCUUUGAAGGACCCAUUACCAUAACUAUUGUAAACCGUGAUGGCACCCGUUACACCAAGAAAGGCGAAUACAGAACUAACCCCGAGGACAUCAACCCCAGCGCCGUUAGCCCCAGCAGCCCCCCAGAUGAUGAGAUGAGCAGUGGCUCCCCCAGUGAGAGAAGCACUCCAGGAGACUACAGCAUCUUCCACACGCACCUCCCGACCGCGUACCCGCCCCCAGACCAAGACGGCCCCUGGGUCUCCAGCAAGCCAGAGAAUACGUCGGAUACCAGUACGGAUUCAAGUAUCAUCUCAGCAGGCUGGGAGCCAACUGAAGAAAAUGAAGAUGAAAGAGACAGACACCCCAGUUAUUCUGGAUCAGGCAUUGAUGAUGAUGAAGAUUUUAUCUCCAGCACCAUUUCAACCACACCAUGGGUUUUUACCCACCCACAACAGAACCAGAAUUGGAUCCAAAGGAACCCCGACCAUGCGAAUCCAGAAGCAUCACUUCAGACAACCACAAGGAUGACUGAUGUGGACAGAAGUAGCACCAGUGCUUAUGGAGAAGGCUGGACCCAGGAACCACACUCUUCUCUCAGUCACCAAGGGUAUCAUGAUGAAGAGGAGACCCCGCACUCUACAAGCACAACCCAGGCACCCACUACUAGCACAGCGGAAGAAACAGCUACCCAGAAAGAGCAGUGGUUUGAGAAUGGAAGGCCUGGGGAAUAUCCCCAAACGCCAAAAGAAGACUCUUACUCAACAGCAGGGACAGCUGUCACAACAGCCUCAACGCAUGUCAGCCAUCCACAUCAAAGAGUGACAACGCAGAGCCAAGAGGACAGUUCCUGGACUUAUUUCUUCGACCCAGUCUCGCAUCCAAUGGGGCGAGGUCAUCAAACAAAAGGAAGGAUGGAUACAGACACCAGCCCUAGUACAACGCUUCAGGCUUCUGCAGACCCAAACACGAGUUUGGUGGGACACUUGGACAGGACAGGACCUCUCUCAAUGACAACUCAACAGAGUGAUACUCACAGCCUCUCUCCAUCACAUGGCGGCUUAGAAGAAGACAAAGACCACUCAACGACUGCUGCUCCAACAUCUAUCAAUAGGAAUGAUGGCAGAAGAGGUGGAAAUCUUCCUGAAGAUGCAACUACUUCAGUGGAAGGUUACACUCAUUCUCCAGACACAAAUGAAUAUACAACCCUCACCCCAGUGACCCCUACUAGGACUGGGUCCCCUGGAGUUACUGAAGUUACUGUUGUUGGAGAUUCCACCUCUAAGGCUGAUCUUACUUUACCAGGAGACUACGGCUCAUCCCGCGACCCCAGUGGGAGGUCCUAUACAACUCAUGCGUCUGAAUCAGCUGGACACUCAAGUGGGAGUGAAGAACAUGGGGCAAACACAACCUCAGGUCCUGUGCGGAAACCUCAAAUUCCAGAAUGGCUGAUCAUCUUGGCAUCUCUCCUGGCCUUGGCUUUGAUUCUCGCAGUUUGCAUCGCUGUCAACAGUAGGAGAAGAUGUGGGCAGAAGAAAAAGCUGGUGAUCAACAACGGGAAUGGAACCAUGGAGGAAAGAAAGCCCAGCGGACUCAAUGGAGAAGCUAGCAAGUCUCAGGAGAUGGUGCAUUUGGUGAACAAGGGGUCGUCAGAGACUCCAGACCAGUUCGUGACGGCAGACGAGACACGGAACCUGCAGAAUGUGGAUAUGAAGAUUGGGGUGUAA